AUGGAAGUCGAAUCAAGAUUUUCUUCAAUCACCCCUCCAGUCUUCGAUGGUGACAAUUAUCAAUUCUGGGCCGUUAUGAUGGAGAUGUACCUUGAUGCUAUGGACCUUUGGGAAGCUAUGGAAGAGGAUUAUGAAAUCAUUCCUCUUCUGAACAAUCCGACGAUGGCUCAAAUUAAACAUCACAAGGAAAGAAAAACAAAGAAGUCCAAGGAAAAAGCCUGCUUGUAUGCUGCCGUUUCUUCCAUAAUCUUCACUCACAUCAUGUCAUUAAGAUCAACAAAGGUGAUCUGGGAUUAUCCCAAGACGGAAUACGAGGUAGAUGAAAGAAUAAGAGGAAUGCAAGUUUUGAAUAUGAUUUGGGACUUUGAGUUGCAGAAGAUGAAGGAGACAAAAUCCAUCAAAAAGUAUUUUGAUAGGCGGCUUAACAUUGCAAACCGAGUUAGAUUACUUGGUUCUUCCUUGCCAGACUCAAGGAUAGUUAAAAAAAUCCUUGUGACGAUGCCUAAAAGAUUUGAGGCAUCCAUUACAGCCUUAGAAAACACUAAGGACUUGUCAAUGAUCACACUCACAGAGGUUUUAAAUGCACUGCAAACACAGAAGCAAAAAAGAGUUAUGAGACUUGACGCCAAGUGCACCAAAUGCAACCAGAUGGGGCAUGAAGCUGUCAUCUGCAAAAACAAAAAUCAGCAACAUGGUGAAGAGGCACAAGUUGCUGAUCAAGAGGAGGAUCAACUAUUCGUGGCUACAUGUUUCUCUGGCAUGGAAUCAAGUGAGAGUUGGCUCAUUGAUAGUGGUUGCACUCACCACAUGACACAUAACAAAGAUCUAUUCAGGGAACUAAGAAGCACAAACAUGUCCAAUGUUCGAAUUGGAAAUGGGCAGUACAUUACCGUGGAAGGAAAGUGA